GCCAUCGCCAUCGCCCAUCGCCCUGCGGUUUUUUAAUCCUGCCCUCAUGAUUCGAUCCCCCCUGCCUGCUCCCUUUUGCCGGGCCACUCACGUGCGCUCGUCAAACCGCUGUCCCCAAGGGUCAAAACCAAUCCAAACCCCCGGUCCUCGUCCUCCCAGCUUGCUCCAUCACUCUCUCCCACUCCCACGCCGUGCCGUGACUUGCCACGCUCUCGCACACACGGGCACUGAGCCUGGGCGGCUGCUGCUGUUUUCUUGGUUCUGGUGGGAUGGAGCUGCGGCUGAGCCUGGGCGAGGCGGCAGUGCCGGACGCAGGGAGGGCGGCGGUGCCGGAGCUGGGCCUUGGGCUUGGGGUCGGGAUUGGAGCCAGCGCCGCCGCCGGAAGCGGAAGGCGUGAGGAGGGCGGGACGGGGAACAGGGCAGCGCCGGGGACGGGGACGGGAACGGGAACGAGGUGGUGGGCGGCGCCGGCCACGCCUGAGCCGGCGGCGGUGCGGCUCAGCCUCGUGUCCAGCAGCCUCGGCCUUCAGUGGCCGCCUUCCGACGCCGGCAUCUGUCAUGCAGGGCGUGCCGAGGCGCCGGCGGCGCGCGGGUUCGACGUGAACCGGCCGGCGCCGUCGUCGUCGGCGGUGGCGGCGAGCGCUCUGCUGGCGCUGGAGGACGACGAGGACGACCCGGGCGCGGCGGCGGCGCUGUCGUCGUCGCCCAACGACAGCGCGGGCUCCUUCCCGCUGGACCUGGGUGGUGGCCCGCAUGCCCAUCACGCCGAGGGCGGCGCCGCGGCGCAGGCCGCCGGCGGCGGCGGCGAGCGGUCGUCGUCUCGCGCGAGCGAUGAGGACGACGGCGCGUCCGCGCGCAAGAAGCUGCGACUCUCCAAGGAGCAGUCCGCGUUCCUGGAGGAGAGCUUCAAGGAGCACAGCACCCUCAACCCUAAGCAGAAGGCGGCGCUGGCGAAGCAGCUCAACCUCCGGCCGCGACAGGUGGAAGUCUGGUUCCAGAACCGCCGAGCCAGGACGAAGCUGAAGCAGACGGAGGUGGACUGCGAGUACCUGAAGCGCUGCUGCGAGACGCUGACGGAGGAGAACCGGCGGCUGCACAAGGAGCUGGCGGAGCUGCGCGCGCUCAAGGCGGCGCCGCCCUUCUUCAUGCGGCUCCCGGCCACCACCCUGUCCAUGUGCCCCUCCUGCGAGCGCGUCGCCUCCGGGCCCAACCCUGCUGCCUCCACCUCGGCACCUGUGUCACUGUCAUCAUCCUCGCCGCCUGCCACAGCCACCGCCACCGCCGUCGCCGCACCCGUCGUGCGAGGCGAGCACCGGCCGCCCUCGUCAUUCGCCGCGCUGUUCGCGGCCACACGCAGCUUCACGCUGGCAUCCCAGCCUCGGCCGCCGGCGCCGGCACCGGCCAGCAACUGCUUGUAAAUACGCGCGCGCGCGCGCCAUCGCCAUCAGCCUCUCCUUCCCUCUGUGGGUUGGUUCUCGUGAGAAUUUUUGGGGUUUCCGAGGCCGUGCGUCGCCGUCGCGUCGACGGCUGGGAUGCGAGAAGCGGAGGCUGCUGGGACGGCGCUGUUAACCUUGAUUUGCUCUCUGUUUACGUUUUCUACUUUCUAGUAAAAGAACGUCAAGUGUUCAUGUUAAGCACGAAUGGUGUAGGGUUUAAGCUCGUUUUAAGCCUUGUUUAGUUCCUAAAAAA